AUGGGAGAAGUGAAUGUGACGUUUAAGGAACCGAUAAACAGGAUUCUUGACCGGAUCAAACAUGAGCCAUUUUUUCAAUGGCCGAAUAAGAUGGGAGGAGACCCAUCCAGGAGGAAUCAGAAUCUAUACUGCACUUAUCAUUGGGAUAAAGGGCAAGAUAAUCAGCAAAGUGGAAACCCUCUCCCUCCCACUGUAGGGGUGAUUGAAGUAAUCCAUGUUGCCCCGAAAAAGCUCAUUAGAGGAAGAAGGAAAGGAGUGUUGACAGUAGUGCCAAUAGAGGGUAACCCGGGCCAAGAGUUGCCAGGCAAGAAGAUGAAGUUUACACGGGAACCCAUCUCAUUCGACGAUGACAAUUUGGAGGGGACGAUGCAACCGCAUGAUAACGCAUUAGUGGUAACUGCCCGAAUAAAUGGCUUCAUAGUAAAAAGGGUGAUGAUAAACCGAGGAAGCGAGGUUGACGUAAUGUAUUCGGAUCAGUUUAAGGGACUUAGACUAAGGAAGGAGGACUUGAUGAAGCACACUUCACCUUUGGUUGGGUUCGACGGUAAAGUAGUGAUUCCUGAGGGGCAAAUUUCCCUUCCCGUGAUUAUGGGAGGGAAGGAGGUGGCAGUGAUGUUUACAAUAGUAAGUUCAUUUUCCUCGUAUACUACUAUUCUGGGAAGACUGUGGAUCCAUUCAAUGAGGGUUGUCCCAUCUACACUUCAUGUAAAGAUCAAGUUCCCAACCGAGCAAGGUGUCGCCGUGAUAAGAGGAGACCAGCAAGCGGCCAAAUAG